AUGGAGAAUUAUGAGAAAAUCGAGAAAGUUGGCGAAGGAGCAUACGGUGUCGUCUACAAGGCUCGAGAGCUGAACUAUCCUAACCGCAUCGUUGCUCUAAAGAAAGUCCGACUCGAUGACGAAGAUGAGGGCGUCCCUAGUACAGCUAUCCGAGAGAUUUCUCUUCUCAAAGAAAUGAAGGACGAGAAUGUCGUCCAGUUGCUGAAUAUUGUACAUCUCGAUAGUCACAACCUCUAUCUCGUCAUGGAGUUCUUAGACUUGGAUCUGAAGAGAUAUAUGGACGCCCUGCCUGUCAGCGAAGGUGGCCGUGGCAAAUCUCUACAGAAUGCAGCGAUAAUGAAGCUCGGUUUAGACAAAGCGAUGGUGAAAAAGUUCAUGGCACAACUGCUUGAGGGUGUCCGCUAUUGUCAUAGUCAUCGUAUUCUACAUCGUGAUCUAAAGCCACAGAACUUGCUGAUUGACCGGGAUGGUACCCUGAAAUUGGGUGAUUUUGGAUUGGCUCGGGCUUUCCUUGUUCCCUUGAGGAGGUAUACACAUGAGGUUGUGACCCUAUGGUAUCGUGCACCGGAAAUCCUUCUUGGUAGUCCCUUAUACUCCACUGGCGUCGAUAUGUGGUCUGUAGGGGCUAUCUUUGCUGAGAUGUGCACGCGCAAGCCUCUCUUCCCUGGUGACUCGGAGAUUGACGAAAUCUUUACGAUUUUCCGCCGCCUUGGUACUCCCAACGAAGAGAACUGGCCCGGUGUUACUGCGUUACCCGACUACAAAGGCACUUUCCCUAAAUGGAAGCGACCUAGCACUCCUCUAGUCCCUGGCCUAGAGAGUGCUGGCUGUGAGCUACUAGAGUCUCUUCUCCAAUACGACCCCGCGGAAAGGCUUUCUGCAAAACAGGCUUGCCUUCAUCAUUACUUUCGCAAGGGAAGUUCAUACUACUCCGGACGCACGCCCGCUGAAGCAGCAAAGAAAUGA